AUGGUAACUACUCAUGGAACAGGAAAAAGAUGGAAGACACAAUUUGCAGUCUCUGUGGACAAAGGAAGAGGAUGUCAGCCAGUUGAUUGCAUAUGGAUCAUUGGUUCAUCUUUGAUAUUUUGGGCUCAAAAAUAUGCUCAACAGAGAAUGCUUAACAACCUGGGAUUUGAAUCACAUAGGUUAAUUUGGCAUGGAAUAAGGGGUAUGGUUUGGUCACAGCUUUAUCCAACUAUCCAAAAGAAAUUAAAAGAUAAUAACCCACCAACAAUCCUAGUAAUACACUGUGGUGGCAAUGAUAUUGGUAAUCCGCAUAAUACCUUGAAGGGUUUACAAAUGUACAUGAAAUCUACCAUUGUAAAUAUUUCACAAUUAAUGCCAAAGACAGUUAUUGUUUGGUCUCAUAUUUUACCACGAAGUAAUUGGACCUUAUGUCUUUCUAACAAUGAUGGAGAAAAUUGGAGAAGAAUCAAUUCUGCACUUGCUACUUUUGUUGUUAAGAAAAUGUGUGGGGCCUCCAUUAAAUAUCCUGAUAUUUUAAAAAGACAUGUAGCCCUUUUUCGCAAAGAUGGUGUACACUUGUCAGACUUGGGUAAUGACUUGUUUGUGAAUUCUUUAAGAAAUGCUCUGGGGUUGUUUUUGUCAACCACUGACAGAUUUUAUCCUACUACUCCCACAUGUACUUGUUAAGUCUUGUCAUGGCCAAUCCUUGAAGUUGUGAAGUUGCAUAUUUGAAAAUUGAAUUGUAUACAACUACUGGUUGAGUGUUAAAUUGAUAAAUAUGUACAUGUAUUUGUAUUGAUGAAUGCAAAAUUGACCGCCUAGAUUUGUUGGCGGAUGACCCACAAAAAAUAUGUUUUGUGGUUCAUUUGGCAGAAUUUUGCAGAGAAUGCCACCUCCAUGGGGCACUGUUUUUUUUCCAGGUCCCUUGGGUCAAGGUGGUGUUUCUACUGCUUUGAGUUGUUUGUGUAUAUGCUGCCAUAUCGAUUUGAAGAUCGGCGCAUAUUUUGUUGUUUUGUUGAAAAAAUUGUGAAUAAAUGGCCAUGACAAG